CUCGCCCCAAAAGCCCAGCUGCAACAAACUCCAUCACUCCGCAGGUAGCUUAUGCACUCACUUUUUUUCGAACUACUCAUCUCAAUCGCUCCAUUUUCGUCCACAUCAUAUCAGCAACAUCUCUUCAUCUUGAUCUUCAUCUUCAGUUUCAAUAACAAGCAGAAUAAUGUCAACACAAAGUGAAGCUCCUUCAACAACUCCAAGUGUACAAGUGGUUGGGAAUGCCUUUGUUGAGCAGUAUUACCAUAUACUCCACCACUCUCCAGACAUGGUUCAUAAAAUUUUAUCAGGAGCCGAGUUUUAUAAGCCGCCCUGAUGAAGAUGGUGUAAUGAUAACCGUGACUACCAUGAAAGGAAUAAAUGAGAAAAUAUGUUCAUUGGAUUACACUGCUUACAAGGCAGAAAUAAAGACUGCUGACACUCAAGAAUCUUAUAAUAAAGAUGGAGUGAUUGUUUUAGUAACUGGGUGCUUAAUAAAAAAGGUGGAUAAUCAAAGAAAGAAAUUCAUACAAAGUUUCUUUCUUGCCCCUCAAGACAAGGGCUAUUUCGUCUUUAAUGAUGUUUUCAGAUAUGUUGAUGAAAUCAAAUCAUUGGAUGAUAAUAAUGAUAAUAAUAAUCAUUUGGUGGUGGUUGAAGGAAUAGAUGAUAACCAAACAUUACCCUUAAUCCAAGAUUUAGUCCAUCUGACAACGAUAUGCAAGUCCAAAAUUGGACUCAACUUGACCAAAUCCACAAAAACAAAAUGCAAACUUACGAACAACUUGGAGUAGAUUUCAAAAAAUGGACCAAACUUGCGAUUUUCAGUAAACCACAGGGACCAGAUUAGAAAUUCAACUUUUUAAUAUUUAGAGUAAAUUACACGAAUGGUCCCUAUGGUUUGGGGUAAUUUGCA